GAAUUGGGAAGAUCUAAUUCAAUGGAAAGAGUGGAUAGCGGUAUAUUUUACAAAAGAGAAAGAUUUUUAUGCACGGUGUCGAAAUCGAUCUUGCCAAAAAACUGUUACAUACGUGGGAGACCUAACUAAAUUUAAGGAUCACGUAAGUGACACACAUCAAAAGAUUUAUAAGUAUGAAGAGGCCCACAGGAUCAGCAAAAUGUGGAAAUAUUUUAUGCUAACAGAAGAAAACGUCAUAAUAUGUGUUAUAUGUGAUAUACCCGUAACUGUAUUUCCACAAUGGAACAAGAUAUUACACGAACACGUAAAGAAGCAUGCAAAAAACGAACAAUAUAUAGACAGAAAAACUAAUUUGAACUGGUGUUGGAAAUACUUAAACCAAGUUGGAGAUUUUUCUGCUAAAUGUAAGCUGUGUGGAAAUAAAAGCGUAGAAUUUAAUUUACAAAUAAACGUUACGGCCUUUAAACCGCACAUAAAGAUACAUGCAACAGAGCAAACAAAAUUAACAGAAGAGUGGAAAUAUCUAAUUGAAAACAACUACUUUUUGAAUAAAUGUUACGCAAAGUCUGUGAAUUGUCGAGCAGAAUGUCGAUUUUGCAAACUCAACUUUGUAUGUGUCCCGGCUAUUGUGCUUAAAACACACAUAAAAAAUCAUAAAAAUAUUUACAAAACUGAAAAGUCUAAAGAGAUGGCAAAUGACAAUAACUGGCUAUAUUUUAGGUUUACGAAACAAAAAGAAGAAAUAGAAUGUAUUAUAUGUGAAGAACCUGUGUCAAAUGACCAAAUAGAGAGUCACGCAAAAUAUCAUUCUCCACAAGAAUUAAUAUCUUGCAAGUUUGAAAAUUGGGUUUUUAAAUAUGCAAAAGAAGAAGAAGAUUUUCUGAAAUGUACGAUUUGUGAUGCAGGUAUGAACAUUAUUGCUGACUUAACUCAUUUAGAAACACAUAUGUCAGAUGAACAUUCAGAAGAUUACUAUAGAAUAAAACGAAACAAAAUAUUUUGGACAUUUCAAAUUGCACAGAACAGCUGGUUGCAAAAAUGUUAUGUAGAUGCUGGAAAUUUUCGAGCAGAAUGUACAGUUUGCAAAUUCAAAGAAGUAUAUUUGAAGAAGGAUCAGUUUGAGAAACAUAUGCACGAGUCACAUUAUGAUAUUUUCGAUAAGGAAGAAAUGGAAAAAGAUAAUUUCCACUAUUUUUCAGAUCAGUGGAAAUGUUUGAGGUACACAUAUGACAUGGAAAUAAGUCGAAGUAUAGAAUGCGUGAUAUGUCAUCAACAAGAUGUCAUGGUUGAUCAUCGUUGUUCACAAGACCUAAAAUCCUAUUCUCAACAUUGGGUAUUUAAAUACGCAAAACAAGAUGAAUAUAAUGUGAAUUGUACAAUAUGUGAAAAAAAUAUAAACUUUGAUUAUGACUGGAAUAAUUUAAAAAAUCACAUGUCAUGUGUACAUCCAAAGGAAUGGGAAAGAAUACAACAAAUACAAGAUUUGGAACAAGGAACAGAACACGAUGAAGCUGGACCGUCGACAAGCUACGCAAGCUGAAAGAAAAACGAUCAUUUACAUUUGACAAUGGAAAUGAUGGUAGCGGCAUUUUUAAGUAUCAUCUCAUGACCAGCAAUAACGGCAGUCUCGACUUUGACUUAAGUGAUUUGAAAUACAUGAAGACAUUGGCGUAUAUUUGACUUAUUUGUCACAUAAGAGUUUUGUGUUUAAAAAUGUAUA